CAGCAUUAUUCCAUUUCCAUUCAUAAAGCAUGGUCCAGUGCAAGCAAGGUAGCAUUAAAGCGUCUUUCUUUAGCGUUUAGAUAAUUCGACCAACGCAUCAUGGCUGCCCUUUAGAUACUUCCGGGCCAUUUCACUCAGUUAAGAAGCUUCCUAAGCAAAAAAGACUAUUCGACCUCACCCUGGUUUUUAAUAAAUCACAAGCGGCUGUGUUGAUAUUUCAACGACAUUUUUUUGUAGCGGAAGAUAGAAGUGCACCUCUAAAGGUGACUUGCAGUGACAGGGAGUGUACUGUUUUACCAGAGACUUUGACUGUUUAUCAUAUCUAAGGUAAAUCAAAAUGGCCCAGGGGAUACCAAAUGAGGUGCUGAUGAAUGCUACCCUGAUAAAAGACUUGGAGGAUGUGGCAAAAGAUGCAGCGCUACUGCGGGGGGUCCUAAUGAGAAGCCAAGAGACGCCCAAUUCAUCAGAGUUGGUAACGUAUGCUCCAUUCACACUCUUCCCAACACCUGUGCCUAAGGCUGUGUUCCUCCAGGCUCUGGCAGUGCAAACUCCGUACAACACACUGGUGGACAAGAUCAGCCAGGAUCCAGACUUUCUGCAAGAGGCUCUGGCUAGCACCAUUGCAGUGGAUGAUUUCACUGCAAGGUUGUUCAGGAUCCACCAACAAAUCCUAAAAGAAGGAAGGUCUCAGUCUGUUGUGUUGGGUCUCAAUCGUUCCGACUACAUGCUGGACCAGAGAGAGGAUGGGUCAUCAUCUCUGAAGCAGAUAGAGAUCAACACCUUUGCUGCCAGUUUUGGAGGUCUCUCAUCACGCAUGCCAGAUGUACACCGACACAUCCUUACGGUGGCUGGCCGACUGGAGGAGAGCCAGCACAUCCUGGACAACAACCCAGCAGCUGGUCUGGCCAGUGCUCUUGCCAAAGCCUGGGAGCUCUAUAGAUCAGAGAGAGCAGUCGUCAUGUUCUUGGUGGAAGAGAGCCAAAGGAACAUCUUUGACCAGCGAUACAUUGAGAACGAACUGUGGAAGAGGAACAUUCCCACAAUAAGAAAGCGGUUUGACAAUGUUUGUAAAACAGGGUCCCUUGAUCAGGAAAAGAGGCUAUUUGUUGAUGGCCAAGAAGUUGCUGUGGUGUACUUCAGGAAUGGCUACAUGCCUCAGAACUACAUUUCUGAAAAGACUUGGGAUGCUCGGCUUCUGAUGGAGCGCUCUCUGGCUGUGAAAUGUCCAGAUAUCAGCACUCACCUGGCUGGAACCAAGAAGGUCCAGCAGAUGCUUGCCAGACCUGGAGUUCUGGAGAAGUUCUUCCCCAACCAGCCCCAAGUUGUGGAGCAGAUCAGAGCAACAUUUGCUGGCCUAUACACUCUAGACAUGGGACCAGAGGGUGACAAAACAGUAAUAAUGGCUUUGGCAACACCAGACCGCUUUGUCCUGAAGCCUCAGCGAGAGGGAGGAGGUAACAACAUCUAUGGAUCAGAGAUCUGCCAGGUCCUGGAAGGAGUGAAGGACAGUACAGAGAGGAUGGCCUAUAUUCUGAUGGAUAAAAUCCAUCCCACCCCCUUUCAGAACUACCUGCUGAGGCGACACGCUCCUCUCAAAAUCAGUAACUGUCUCAGUGAACUGGGAGUGUUUGGAGCAUAUGUCAGGCAAGGUAAAGACAUGGUGAUGAACGAGUGUGUGGGUCAUCUGCUGAGGACCAAGAGUUCAGAACACUCAGACGGAGGCGUUGCAGCAGGAGUGGCUGUGCUGGACAAUCCUCUCCUUGUCUGAGAAUUUACACUACUACGUGCUCGUCUUUCAGCAAAGAAAUGCACAAAUGGACAACAGUGAAAUCAAGGUUGCACUUGUGAGUCACACUGUUACUUUGGUUGCUACAGCAUUAAAAUGAUGCUGAGCAAAUGUGUGUCCCACAUGUACUCAAGACAGGUUGGACAGAAAUAUUAGCAGUCUAGGCUGAGUUGUUGCUCACGACCCUAGAAGAUGAAGCUUCCAUUCUUACGUGUGAACUGUGUAGGCUAAACAGUGCCAGGUUAGAAAAGAGGAUAGUGCAAGACCCUGUGUCUGUGUGAAACAUCACUAACAUCAACUUAGCAUGUGGCUACCAGUGAAACACAGUGAAACAGUGAAAACACAUCACAACAAUAAAACUCAAUGAACCAAAUCAAUACAGAUACAUUCAUAAAAGUAACAAAGUCCUGUGCUUAGCUGUGUACUCUGCUAUGCUAUGUUAUGCCCAGUUAUAGAUUCAGUGGUUACUUUACCAGUCCGUAAAGGAAAAAAGGUUGCUUUGAGGAAAAGUCUUUGCUGUGCAGUCCGUUUGAGGGAAAACAGACAGAGCGACCAGUUCCUCCAUUUUCACAAAGUUAGUUCUUAAAGUUAGCUGGCAGACUUUGUGUAGUAGCCGCUGGCGCUAACUAAAUAUUGUUGCAGAAAUCUUAUGCAGGCCCUUGCGUCGCUGUUGUAAGAGAGAGAGUUCAGUUGUGCUGUGUGUCUGCUCCAAGCCGGUUACACGGUGGUGGUGGACUAGAUGAAGCCAGGAGAAAAAGACAGAAAGAGGGAGACAGCAGCUGCUUUAGAAGAGUUCCUGGAGAAGAGAGAGAGAACAAUUGCCACUGACCCUUUUAUUGACCUGGUGACAACACGGGUCAUAGGUCAGACUGACCAAUGAUAGCUGGAAGCUGGGUCCAUGGGGGGACGAUUGUGGGAAACUGAGUUCAAUGGCUCUCCUUUGUUUACAGAACAAAGGAGCAUGCGGUGUCCUAAUAAAAAUUCAGUUCAAGUCCCACAAAUGAAUGAAUUCAAAUGGUGGUCCCAACUCAGGCUACAUACUCCCUCCAACUGCACAAACACUUGCAUGGCUGCACCUGAUUGGACAAAUGCUUUCACUCGUGGGCAGACAGGUCUGCUCCUUGAUUUCAAACUGGACCAACAUGGCAGCUUGUUAGGUAACUUCCUCUUAUAUUACGAAAAUAGUUCACCAAAAUGUAUUUUCUGAAAACAUUUGAAGCGAGAAAUAAGCCAUGCAGUUGCUGAAUCUGUCUUCAUUAUAGAUUGACAACGGUUAGUUUAAAAGUUUCUGGGGAGUUUCCAGAGGCGGCGAGUCUUGCUGGACGCCCCUGAUUUGCAUAAAGUAGCCUAGACCUCAACUUUAUGCAAAUGAGAAGAGGCCAACGUAUCACCCCAUCUCUCGAAACGUACUGCAGUGCUACCAGCAUACAUUGCACGGCUGCUUACAUAGACAAUGAAUGGGAAGCGUGGAAAUAACGGAUCCCGUGGACAUGUACCAUUAGUCCAGCCAGUGCGCUGCUGCUGUAGGUUCCAGGGAAUGGUCGGCCUUGGAGCCAAGCAGUUUGAUGGUGGGUUUACGGAAUAGAGGAUAAAGUUACAGAAUAAUCUGAUUCUGGGUGAACUAUGAACAACUGACUUUUUGGCUCGUUGCCAGGAGUUGGCAAGCUAAUCGGCUGUCACUCUUAGACAGACUGUGCCUCUUCCACUGGCAGGUAGAUGCGCGCCAUUUUGGUUUGAAAUGCUGGCAUAGAUAUUCCCCUGAGCUGACUGGUGGGUGUUCGUGUGUGAUGCAUGUAUUCUAAAGGCGCCGAUCGCUAUAAUACCUGUGAUGAAAAAGGAGCCACAUGAGAGCAAGGAUGUAACAGACUGUGUGUGGUUUUGAAUACCACCUCACAACAUCUGGAAGAUAUUACCUGUGAAGGGCAGCAAUGGCAGCUUUUUUUCAAAUUUAAAAAGAUUUCAUUGCAAUCAUAUGGUAUGUUGUAUACUUUGGGUCCCACUUUAAAAUGUGAAAUUUACAGAUGUAAAAACUUUGAAGGGGGUAUAUUAAUUUUCUAUCCACAGUAACGACACAUUGUUUCCUAAAUAUAGACAUUCACACACCAACAUGCAUUGUAGUCUUGUGCAAAUUUUAAUUGUAUUGUUCUAUAGGGGUUAUGAAAUUACUGUUACAAUGCAUCAACCUCAUAAUUAUAAACAGACCAUCACAUUUAACUUGUCUAAUACAUGUAAAACACACAGUUCCUAUUGUAGUAUUACUGAUGCGUACAGAUAAAGACCUGACAAACAGUGCUGAGGCUGCACUCUCACAAACCAAAACCAACCUGUUACACUACUGUAGUUACAUACAUCAGUUUUGCCUAAAUGUUUGUCUGUAAUGAUAUGUACACUUAAUUGUUCAAUUAUUGUGACUGACCUGUUAGUGGUCACCAGAUGUGAGAUACGGAUAAGUGCUGAGUUAAAUUUAACAUAAACCAUAACCUCCUUUUUAUAGAAGGUAAUAAAAACUGAUACAAAGGCCAAAAAUGAUAUAUCAUCCAGAGACAACUGGAUGAUAUACAGCUGAUUUAAGGAUAGAAAGAUAAAGAAUUAGCUGCACAAUUACACAUCCUGACAUGACGCUAAUGGGAAUAUGAUAGAAAACAAAAAUGCCAAUUCAGAUUUGCAUUACUUUUAAAAUGAAAUUGUAUCUCUUAACCCAACUAAAUUUAAGUGCCCAGUAAACUUAGACAUUCAGUGGAUACUCCUUAAGCCAACUGUAUUCAUUAAGAUCUGAUUUUGAAUGAUAAUAUAAACUAAUUUAGACUUUUCUUAAUCAACAGUGGUGACAUUUGGGUCCCAAAAUGGUGCUGUGUUUACACUGUUAGGUGAAACCAAUGAAUAACAAUUAAGCUAUUAGAUAUGAUUGUUUAGUUAAUUUGGUAUUUUAUAAUUACUGUAUUAUCACCAUUAUUUCAUUCAAUUCAGAUCACUUUUACUAAUCAUGAUAGUUACUAUUAUUUAUUUACGACUAUUUGCCUAUUAUUCUGCUCUUAUUAGUAUGAUAUUGAAUAGGUGCCAGAAAAAUAACGUUUGAAUGCUAUGUAUAACGGUACUAUUAGUAGUAGUGUUAGUAACUGCUGUAGCAAUUUUUAUUGGACUGAUUGAAAGUGUGAUCACUGAAAUGGAGGAAGACGGGACGACACUGGAGAAGUGCAUCUUCUCCCAACUCUGCUUGGAGGUUGCCCCUGCUGACCGCCAGGGAGCAGCUGGAAGAAGUUGCAGGGAAAGGGAUACCUGGCACACUCAGAUGCCACCGUGAUAGACAGCGGGUGAAUGAAGAUGAGGAAUGCAUGGAUAGCUGUGAGCUGAUGAAGACAUUAGUCACAUAGUAUGUUAAGGUAUGAGGUAGUAAAGAGUAGCAUUAUUAGAAAUCAAGGCAAGAUAAUAACCAAAACAAAACCUUCUGGGAACAUUCCUUUUAGGUUAGGCGAACGUUCCCAUAACUUUGCAAUAAUGCGCUUCACAGAACAUUCUGAGAACUGCAUUUUUUACCGGAAACAAGUGUUCCAGAUAUGUUAAGAAAACUUUCCAGAAUAACCAUAGGGGAACAUUCCCAUACCCUUCAGGAACGUUUGUGUAAUAUUCUCUGAACUGAAAAUUGUUUGCUCGGUACUUAUGUUUCUUCUCAUGUGCUCAGUGCCAACUCUGCUGACAGCUUUCAUAAGGCCUUCACUGCAUCUAUAGUAAUAACCAAAAUCCAAAUAUGUCUACAGAGGAUUUUCUAAAUAACAAUACAUGUAAAGUUGUACUUGAUUUUAUAGCACCUGCAAAAAUCAGGCCAUCAGACCAACUCGCAGCAUGCCUUGGCUAAAUAACAAUGCUAGAGAAAUAAAGAGAAAAUGCAGACAAACAGAACUGAAAUGGGAAAAGGACAGUCUGGUGGAGUCAUGAAAUUCUGAAAGAGCUAAUGUCUGCUUAUCAGAAAGCAGUAAAAUAAGCCAGGGUUUCAAAAAUUGACCGCAGCAUUUCUUUUUUUUUUGUUAUAUUCUUGAGCAAAACCUAGGUAACUUAGGGACAUCAUAACAAGCCACCAUAUUGAUUUAUGUAACUAGCCAUUACAUAUAACCAUAAUUAACAUAGCCUACAUUCUUUACUAGCCUUCGUAUACCUUGUGUUGGGUCCGCUCUGUGGACUGGAUGCAUAGACUGAAUGCUUUCUGCUGAGAUGCUGAAGCAUUGACGUGCUAUUGUGGUAGGCUAGUUCGGUUUUACAAUAAAGUACAGUUUUCAUAGACACUUUCUGUAGCUUCCUGUGGACACGUACCAUUAGUCUGGCCUGUCUCUUCUCUGUGCCCCUCGUUAUUUUAUCUCUUCCACCUUUUUGUAAUCCGCGCUGUCAAAUCACACCAAAGACACUGGACACACCAUCUCUGAUCACACACAGUGUAAGCACAUUGUAAUAAUUAUCCGUGCGAAACACAGUGUGCUGUAUGUAAAUGUAUGGAUUAAAUGAAGCUUCGAUGCCAAUAGUUUGCAUAGAUGAUUUUUAGUAAUCAAAUUACUUGAGGAAUAGUUUUAGCCCUAGUUAUUUGGUUGGCACAUGCUAAGUUGAUGUUAGUUAACAUUAUGCUCCACACAGACACAGUGUCUUUGCAUGCUAACUAACUUUUUAACUUUGCACUAUUAUCCUACACCGAUCACACACAUACACCUUAAUUUGGCCUUAAACAUAACCACACAUGGUGAAGAGCAAUCUUAAAGCUCCCGCUUCACUGUACUUUCUUUGUUUCUGAACACGUGUGUUCUUGUGCACAAGGAAACACACACAUUCUUUCUGGCGCUCACCCAUUUUAGUUAGAUUAAUUGUGUGUUUUACUUAGUUUAUCUUUUAAAUAAAUGCUUGUGGAUAUA